UUUGGAGGUGUUUGCGCACAGAGAUGAACACAUUUACCAUGUCUCUCUCUUUGCUACUGCUGCUGCUGGUUUACAGCACGCAAGCUACUCAUUUUUAUGGGACAGUGAUGACCUAUUACCCAGGAGACACUUAUGCAGAUGGAUCAGUUAUGGCGACUAUUCGAUACAAGCUGAACUUCCACCAAUGCACAGACAGUGACACAUGGAGUUGCCUCAGUGGUGACUGUGGCUCUGGGAACAACACACUAUAUGAGGUAAAACAGGAAAGCAGUGGAGAGUGGUGUCAGAGAGAGGGAAUCAUGACUCGACGGGCUCCCAGCAAUGCUCCCUUCAAGCUUUGGUUGAAUAGUGGUAACUGGAUUAAUGGCAUUGUAAAUGGCAUUGUAUCAUGGAGAGCUGUGACUCUGGUGGAACUGAGGAACAGAUCUGACACUGGCAAAGCCAACUCGUCACCCCAGACCACCAACAUACCUGCUGUGAGAGUUCCCUCAAACUGUAAGAGAAAUUUCGUCUUGUUGGCGUUUGACCCUGAUGGAGAUGUGGUUAAGUGCAGAAAUGGAGAUGCAUUACUGUCAGAGUGUAUUCCAUGCACUCCACCAUCUGUCCUCAGCCUCUCACCAUCUUGUACUCUCUCAUUCAGACCCACCAAUAGCAGUAAUGAAGGUCCAUAUGCAGUACAGCUGGUGAUGGAGGACUUUCCCCGGCAGAACAUAACCCUGACUCAAACCAAUGGGACACAGACUAAUCUAACUACCAACAAUGCAAUCAGCAAAAUACCGGUCCAGUUUGUUAUAAGGGUGGAUCCUGCAGUGCCAUCCUGCACAGACGGACUCUAUCUGCCCAAGAUCCUGCCUCCAACUCCAGCCAACGGAGCUCAGCUAUAUACCCCUGUUGGACAAACUCUAGAAAUCAGCAUCAAAGCAGAGGCAACAAAUUCCAUGAUCUCUGAGCUGCUCUACAGUGGGCCCUACACUUUAUUUCAAAAUAAAACAGGACCAGGAGAGUUCAUCCUCACGUGGACGCCAUCUGAGAGCGAAACGGGAGAAAGCCACCCCAUCUGUUUUGUUGUCCAGGCAGUUUCUGGUAUAGCGAAGUAUCACUCUGACUUUCGAUGCGUCAUUGUGACUGUUGAAAAGGUUUAUGUCGCUGCCCUGAGUGCGAGGAUCUCUUUUUCAUUGCCUUUUACUGCAGACAACGUUAACAGUGUCAUCAUACAGAAGAUUAAAGAAGAACUGGAGAAACAAGGUCUGCCGCCAGAUGCGAGUCUACGCCUAGUGAGAGGAGACCAAAUAUAAAAAACAACCACAGCGCCCUCUCACUACACAUGAGUGCACAGCUCAAUAGCCUGAGAGUGUUUCUCCUGGGUGUUAUAAUGUGACACUUCUCAGGGUGAUUAUGUUUAUUAUCUGCACUCUGUUCAGAAAAAUAAAUACCAGAUUAUGAGCAUAUUUGGCAUUUGAGUCUGUAACUCUGUUUUAAUAACAGAUGUAAACUGAUCAGACUUGUACCUGAAAUGUUUUUCUCCAGUUUUUAAAAUGUAAUUUUUUAAAGAAUAUUUUUUAUUGUAUGGCAUUGGUUUCAGUUGAUUAUGUGUUGCAUGUGUAUAUCUGGUGGAUUUCAUGUAUAAGUAACUGCACUUUGCAGCAUCUUUCUCUAACUUCUUUAAUCACUGUGAGGCUCUCUUCUGCAUGUGAAAUGAAUUAAACUGGGCCUUGAGUGUUACAAUAA